AUGGCUAAACGGGCAGCAGAAGGUUCUGCAGAAUCCUCGUAUUCCUCUAAACGAUCGAAGAAGACUGCAGAUAACGAGGAAUACAUCAACGUCGACGAUGACGACUCCACAGACCAGCAGUCUUACGCAGACACAUCCCUAGUUCCUCGCGGCGCUACCAUAAACUUCAGCGCGUUGACGCGUAAGCUUGCGCAGGCACGGAGAGCAAAGGAGACUAUAGACGUGCAGGAUGGCUCUACACUCAGCGCACAUCGUCGGCAGCAGGAUAAUCUAGUGUCUCACCUCUUUAUGGACCAAGAUUUCUCGUGGCUCCACCUGAAGCCUGACCAUGCCUCGCGCCCACUCUGGAUCAGUCCGGAAGAUGGGCAUAUCAUCCUUGAAGCCUUCUCCCCAAUAGCUGAACAAGCACAGGACUUCCUUGUCGCGAUCAGCGAGCCUGUUAGCAGACCCGCGUUCAUACACGAGUACAAGCUCACGUCGUACUCCCUCUAUGCCGCUGUAUCUGUCGGUCUGCAGACGGAAGAUAUAAUAGAAGUUCUAAACCGUCUAUCGAAGGUUCCUGUGCCCGAGAGUAUAGUGUCGUUCAUUCGCGAGCGUACGUUGUCGUACGGAAAAGUCAAGCUUGUGUUGAAACACAAUAAGUAUUACGUGGAAUCGAGUCAUCCCGAGACUCUGCAGGUGCUCCUCAAGGAUAAGAUCAUACGAGAGGCUCGCGUCCACACUCAGCCGACGGACAACAGCAUUAAAGCCGCAACCUUUACCACCUCAAAAGCUCCUGUUAGGGGUAACCUUGUCAUUCCAGGAACUAAAGAGGCAGAGAAAAGGAAAGAAGAAGCUGCUAAUGGCAAGGGUGGACCCACCGCUGGCCCAUCUAACACGGCAGAUGCAGAGCUUUUCACUUCGGUUGUGGGUGUCGACGGUGAUGAGGUGGAUGAGGACGAUGACAAUGUCCAUGCCUUUGAGAUCGACGACGCCAAGAUUGAUGACGUCAAGAAGCGGUGCAAUGAGCUCGAAUAUCCCAUGCUCGAGGAGUACGACUUCCGGAAUGACACCGUAAAUGCCAACCUUGAUAUUGACCUUAAGCCCUCGACCGUCAUCCGACCCUACCAAGAGACUAGCUUGAGCAAGAUGUUUGGUAACGGACGUGCACGUUCCGGUAUUAUUGUACUCCCUUGCGGCGCAGGCAAGACGCUCGUGGGUAUCACCGCCGCGUGUACAAUUAAGAAGUCAUGUCUCGUUCUUUGCACCUCUUCAGUGUCGGUCAUGCAAUGGAAACAACAAUUUAUGCAAUGGUCAAAUGUAACAGACCGCCAGAUUGCAGUGUUCACGGCGGAUCAGAAGGAGAAGUUCGCUGGAGACAGUGGCAUCGUCGUAUCGACCUAUUCUAUGGUGGCGAAUACUCACAACAGGUCACACGAGUCCAAGAAGAUGAUGGAAUUCCUGACUUCGAGGGAGUGGGGCUUCAUCCUUCUUGACGAAGUCCACGUUGUUCCUGCCGCUAUGUUCCGUCGAGUCGUUACCACCGUUAAGGCGCAUUCGAAGCUAGGGCUGACAGCCACACUAGUCCGUGAGGAUGACAAGAUUGCGGACCUUAAUUACAUGAUAGGCCCGAAGCUGUACGAGGCGAACUGGAUGGAUCUCGCGGCGAAGGGGCAUAUCGCCAACGUGCAGUGCGCCGAGGUAUGGUGCCCAAUGACCCCAGAGUUCUAUCGUGAAUACCUGCGCGAGCAGUCGCGCAAGCGGAUGCUGCUGUACUGCAUGAACCCGCGCAAAUUCCAGGCAUGCCAGUUUCUGAUCAAGUACCACGAAGACCGUGGGGAUAAGAUCAUUGUAUUCUCCGACAAUGUGUUCGCACUGGAGGCGUAUGCAAAGAAGCUUGGGAAGCUGUACAUCCACGGCGGCACUGGUCAGGUGGAGCGCAUGCGUAUUCUCCAGUGGUUCCAACACAGCCCUGACGUGAACACCAUCUUCCUGUCGAAGGUUGGAGACACGUCAAUUGAUCUGCCAGAAGCUACCUGCUUGAUCCAAAUAUCCUCCCAUUUCGGCUCUCGUAGGCAGGAGGCACAGAGGCUGGGGCGUAUCCUCCGUGCCAAACGACGUAAUGAUGAGGGCUUCAACGCUUUCUUCUACUCGCUAGUGUCGAAGGACACGCAAGAGAUGUUUUACAGUACGAAGCGGCAGCAAUUUCUGAUCGAUCAGGGUUACGCCUUUAAGGUGAUCACACACCUUGACGGCCUGGAAAACCUCCCGGACCUCGUCUACAAGUCGCGGGACGAGCAGAUCGAACUCUUGUCAUCGGUGCUGCUUGCCAACGAGAGUGAGGCUGACCUGGGAUCGGAUAUUCGUGCAGGCGAGGGCGACCUUGCGGGCACCGUCACGUCGAAGGACUUUGGCUUACCCACCAAAUUCCCCGCGGUGCAGCGGACCUCGGGCUCUCUCACCGCUCUGAGCGGUGCACAGCACAUGUCAUACGUCGAGCAGAACAAGUCGGCGAACAAGAAACUCGCCAGGGAGGUUGCGCCUCGACACAAAUUGUUCGCGAAGCGGGACAAGGACCUUGCGACCGCGAGGAAAGAAGCGCGGGCGGCCGCAAGAGCGGCCCAAUCAUGA